GUCGAUCCAACAUGUCCGUAAACAGUGCUUGCAGAAACCCUGUGAAGCAUGUUCCGUCUUGUAGUGCUAGUUGGGUGCGUGGGCCUGGCCCUUGGGGGAAGGUCCCCGAAUGCCGAUGUGGUCGAAAAACUGCUGAGGAUGAACCCUCAAGGGAGGUACUCUAACAACCUCAUAGAAGAUUCUUUGCUGGAUGUGCCGGACCUAGUAGCAAAGUAUGGCUACCCUGUCGAAAGCCACGAUGUGGUUACGCAGGACGGCUACGGGCUGACCAUGCACCGUAUCCCCCAUGGCAGAGACAAGAACAACAAGCCUGACCCCAACAAACCAAUCGUAUUCUUGAUGCACGGUCUCCUGUCUUCAUCUGCUGACUUUCUGCUGUUGGGACCUGGUAGUGCCUUGGGCUACAUCCUCGCUGAAGAAGGCUACGAUGUCUGGAUGGGGAACGCUCGUGGCAACUACUACUCCCGUCGCCACACUAGCAUGAACCCUGACAGCAGGCUAAACCAGAACUUCUGGAGGUUCAGCUGGGAUGAAAUUGGCAACCACGACUUGCCUGCUUUCCUAGACUUUAUUGAGAAACACACAGGACAGUCCAGACUCCAUUACAUCGGCCACUCCCAGGGUGGAACCGCGUUCCUGGUGCUGACCACUCUAAGGCCCCAAUACAACAGCAAGUUCAUUUCCUUCCAAGGAUUGGCUCCAGCCUCGUUCUUUACUUACAAUGAACACCCUACGUUUACCAGGCUAGCGCCGUUGGAAAGUGUUUUGGAGACCGCCGCAUUCGCCAUGGGUCUGGGAGAGAUCCUUGGUAGAAACUGGUGCGCUGACGGGUCUGGUGUUGAUCAGCUAUGUGACCUUACUCUGAACGAAGGCUCUUACUACGUCAACAGUAGCAUGCUUCCCUUAUUCGUCGCACACACUCCAGCCGGCGCUUCCAUCCGCCAGGUCGCUCACUACGGCCAAAGCAUCAGGUUCAACACCUUCCGCAGAUUCAACCACAACGCUGUCACCAACUUGGCCACUUAUGGCCGACUGACCCCUCCUUCCUACGACCUCUCCAGAGUCACAACUCCAUCCUACAUCCACUACGCUACCAAUGACCUGCUGGUUCACCCCAAGGACGUUCAUAUCCUAGCAUCGAAGCUGCCGAACCUGCAAGGCCUAUAUCUGGUCGACUCGAAGACGUUCGACCACGUCGACUUUAUUUGGGCCACCAAAGCGCGCGUGCGAGUUUACAGUAGGUUGCUGGCCUCUAUGAAGGCUGCUGAGAAGUUAUAAAUGUCUAAUAUAUAAUGGUGCUAUGUAAAUAUAUUUUCUUAUUAGGAAAUUAAAAUUAUAUCAUCAGA